AUGGACAAGUCAGACCUAGAACAUGUCGAAGCUGGCGAGGUGAACAAAUACGAGCUUUCCCCGGCAGAGCUCAUAGCUACAUCUGAACAUCAUACUGCUCGUUCACCUGUUGAGCGCCGACUCGUGUGGAAGGCCGACCUCGCUAUCCUACCCAUCAUCAGUGCUGCAUACCUUGUAUCUUACCUUGAUCGAAACAGCAUCGGUAACGCUCGCGUCAUGGGUCUUCCCAAAGACCUUCACAUGGAUCCAGACCAGUUCUACAACUGCCUCACAGUUUUUUUUGCCGGCUACGCAUUCUCGAUGCUUCCUGCAAACUUGUCUGCACGCUUGCUCAAGCCAAACAGAUCGCUCGGAGUGGCCGUCGUCUUUUUCGGCAUCAUCCUGUGCAGUAUGGCGGAAGCCAAAAACUAUGCAACAAUAUUAGCCUUGCGCGUUCUGCUGGGUUUGGGCCAAGGUUUCAUACAAAUGGCAAUGAUCUAUUGCAGUGUUUGGUACCGAAGAGACGAGGUCGCAUCGAGAACUGCCAUAUUCUAUGCAUGUGCCACCAUAUCGGGUGCCUUUGGCGGCUUGAUAGCAUAUGGAGUCCAGCACAAUUUGGCAUCACAUGAUGAUCGUCGAACCUGGUCAUGGUUGUUUCUCAUUGAAGGUGUGCUCGCUGUCGGCAUUGGCCUGAUAAUUAUCCUCCUCCUACCCAGAUUCCCGGACGAUCUACACCAACGUGGGAAGAAGCAUUGGCUCUUUACGAGAGAAGAGAUUGAAUUCGCGCACAAGCGGUUCACUGGCGAGUUUUUCCCUCCUUCACUAUUGACUUUCAAGAUGAAAGAUCUCCUCAGCGUCGUCAAGGAUAUCAAGAGUUUCUUCUUCGCAUUCGUCCAAGUAGCGGCUGUUCUUGGUACUUCUGUGGUGGGGAAUUUCUUACCCACUUUCAUCCAUGGCUUCGGUUUCAGCCCAGUGAGAACACAAUUGUUCACCAUUAUCCCAUACGCUUUCGCCUUCGUCACUGUCAUCACUCUGGGAUACCUGUCCGAUCGCUUCAACUCCAAAGGUCCCAUCAUCCUUGCGUGCUGUUGUGUGGGAGCUUUGGGGUAUAUUCUCCUGAUGACACUGUCCUCGACUGUCGGCCUUGUUGUGGCAACGUGUCUGGUAACUUCGGCGUGCUAUCCAAUCGGAAUUCUGCUUCCCUCUUGGCUGGCGAUCAACACUCCUAAUUUCACGAAGCGCGGCGGAGUCUGGGCAUUUAGCGAAAUUAUUGCGACACCCUUUGCAAUAAUGGGCACGCGCAUAUACACCAGCCCUCCGCAUUACUAUGGCGGCCACGGGACUGUCCUCGGGAUAUAUGUAUUCAGUGCCAUGAAUGUCACGGCAGCCUAUCUGUGGAUGCGGCAUCAGAACAACAAGAAACAACAAACCAUUGCCGAGUACGAUCAACGUGGUGAAAUUCAUCCCCAUAUCGCCCAGAACAAGACCUUGUACGAGCUCCAGGAAGAACAUAUUUCAUUUCGAUAUGUGCUUUAA